UAGUACGUUGAAAAAUGAUGGAAUAACGACGACAUGUUGAUUGAACGAAACGUAAAUAAUUAUGUUGAUUUACGAUUAAGGUGACUUAAAAUUAAAAAGACAGAUAGGUUUCAUUAUUUUUCUUGUUUUAAAAAGUAACUAAAAUGGGUCGACGUUCAAUUAAUACCACGAAAAGUGGGAAAUAUAUGAAUCCCACUGAUCAAGCACGUAAGGAAGCUCGUAAGAAAGAAUUAAAGAAAAAUAAAAAACAAAGACAAUUGGUACGAGCUGCUGUUUUAAAAGGCAAAGAUCCUACUCAAAUAAUUGAAGAAAUGGAAAAAAUAGAUCAAAUGGAAUACAACGUUAUGCAGCCACCACCCUUAAAUGAAAAAGUAUUAAAAGAUAAACGAAAGAAACUUAAGGAAACCUUAGACCGUGUUUUAAAAAUGUAUGCAAAAGAUGAUCAAGAAAAAUGGGCAGAAUUAAAAGAACAAUUAAUACAAUACGAGCGAAGGAGAAUAGAUUUAGUCUCAUAUUUUGAAGCUGUAAGACAUGCACAACAGGUACAGGUUGAUGAAAUACCAUUGCCAUCUGCAGCUAAUGAUAUAUCUAGGAUGUAUCCAGGCUCAUUAACAUCACAAAUUCCACUACCAGACAUGCCACAACCUCCUGCUCAUAUGUAUCCACCACAUCCACAUUAUAUUCCACAACAUCAUCCACUCAUGAACAUACCAAUACCACCAAGUAUUUUAAAGAAAACCAGUGCAUAUGCCACAGCUCCAUCAAUACCUACAAUGGCACCAAAUAAAGAACCACCAGGUGUUCCACCUUUUCCACCACCUGACCUUUCAAGUGAUGAUGAAGAUGUCACAGAAAAGAGUAAAGAUGCACCAGCAAAAUCAAGAACAAUACGUUUCGCGGAUGAUAAAGAUGAUAAUAAGCAAGAUUCUGAUAAAGAAAAAGAUUCGGAGAAAGAUAAAGAAAAAGACAGAGAAAUGACAAAGGUGAAGCCAACUACUUUGCAACAAAAAAUGUUGGCCAUGGCAGGUCAAGAUAUUGAUCAAUUUAUGCGUGAAAUGGAAGUAGUUCAUAAAAAACGAGAAACUGAACGUGCUCAAGAUUUAAAUGCUCGCUUAUCAUUACUCGAGGCAGAGAAUGAAUCUAAUUCUAAAUCCAAUAAUAAAACUAACAACAAAACAGAAGAUGAAGAACUCGAGCCUCCAGGAGCAUCUGAGCAUUCUUCAGGACAUAAUCAACAUGCAUCAUCUCAUUCUCACACACAACAUACACAGCAACAUAAUUUGCCCCAUAUGAAUCUUCCACCACCUCCACUUCUAUAUAGGCCACCACCUCCGCCAUUACAUCUUCGAAUGCCUCCACCGCCCCCACCUCGUAUUGGACUUCGUCUUCCACCUGGUCCCCCACCUGGAUUACCCAGAAUGUUACGACCAGGUCCACCAAGUAUGCCUAGAAUGCCACCACCGCAGAUGCAAAUGCCUAGUUUAUCUAAUAUCUCAAAUAUAGGAAAUGCUCAGAUGCAAACACAAGCAGGAACAGGAUCACAACCUAAGACUCCUAAUGUAUUAUCUGCUGCUCCUCAAUUAAUUAACAGAAAAGAUAAAGAUGGGAAAAAUACUACAACUAUUGAAGCCAAACCUCAGAUUCGCAAUUUAGCUGCGGAUGUUACUAGGUUUUUACCAACAUCUCUGCGAGUAAAACGAGAUGAUAAGAGAAAACCAACAAGCAACAUAUCCAGACUUUCAGAACGAUUACCAGAAACUCAACCACUUCGAACAACACAACCUAAAACAAAGGAUGAUGCAUAUAUGCAAUUUAUGCAAGAAAUGGAAGGUUUACUCUGAGUAAAUAAAAUAAUUAUUAGCACUAUAAUUAAGACAAAACAUAGUGAAUUUUUGUAUUAUAUAAGAUCAUUAAAUAGCCCUUAUAUAAAUUCUGUAAUUACAAAUUCCAUUUUGCACCAUAUAUAUGGCAUUUUUGUUGUAUAAAUGUACAAGUAUCGCUUUAAGAGUACUACAUGUUGUGAUAUUUUCAAAAUGCAGACGUUUAAAUUA